GGGCAGGGGUUUCCAGGGAGCAGGAGCCCCAGUGUGUGAGAACUUCACUCCGGCGGGCGAGGCAAGGUCCCCACGGGGCUGCGCGACAGGAACAAUCAAUCCCUGUGCUUUUUCAAACGUACAGGCUAUUGCACGACGGAAAAACCAAACCCAGCCACCCUUUCCUUAUUAUAGGUUUGCGGAGACAAUCUGAUCGCCUGGAAUUAGAGCCGGUCCAGAAACUUUCUGUUUCAAAAUGAUGGAGGAAGAUAUGGAAGUAGCCAUCAAGAUGGUGGUCGUAGGGAAUGGAGCAGUUGGAAAAUCAAGUAUGAUUCAGCGAUAUUGCAAAGACAUUUUUACAAAAGACUACAAUAAAACUAUUGGAGUUGACUUUUUGGAGCGACAGAUUCAAGUUAACGAUGAAGAUGUCAGGCUAAUGUUAUGGGACACCGCAGGCCAAGAGGAAUUUGAUGCAAUAACGAAAGCAUACUAUCGAGGGGCCCAGGCUUGUGUGCUUGUGUUUUCUACCACAGACAGGGAGUCUUUUGAGGCAAUUUCCAGCUGGAGAGAAAAGGUAGUCGCAGAAGUUGGAGAUAUACCAACUGUGCUUGUACAAAACAAGAUUGAUCUGCUGGACGACACAUGUAUCAAAAAUGAGGAAGCUGAGGCUCUGGCCAAGAGGCUGAAGUUAAGAUUCUACAGGACGUCUGUGAAGGAAGACCUGAAUGUGAACGAAGUUUUUAAAUAUUUGGCUGAGAAACAUCUACAAAAACUCAAACAACAAAUAACGGAAGAGCCAGAGCAGACACAUACAAGUAGUAACAAAAUCGGUGUCUUUAACACGUCCGUUGGAAGUCACUUGGGUCAGAAUUCAAGUACCCUUAAUGGUGGAGACGUCAUCCAUCUUAGACCUAACAAACAAAGGACCAAGAAAACCAGAAAUCCUUUUAGCAGCUGUAGUAUACCUUAAGUUGUUUCAGGGAGGAGAUCAGGAUUGCAUUUGCAGUUCCCUAAGGAGCACCCAGCGUCACCGUGUGUUCGAGUCUUAGCGGACCUCGCUCUGAAAGCUGACAUUGUAAUGUUGCCCUGCAGCGCUUCUCAGAAUGUAGAUGGAGACCUCUGCUGGAAAAUUACUGCCUUGUACACUCAUUCUAGUUCUUUACAUUAGACGAAGCUUCUCCUGUUUUUGAAGGGACACUAUAGGACAUGUCAAAAACGGGUUUUGCUGAAUUUUAAAUGCUGAAACAAAAAUGAGAUGACUAAAUAUAUUGGGUCCAGUUUUACUCUUAUGGACCAAGGAGAGAUAGCAAGCAUUCUUUUUCUGGAACGGAUCGUCUAGCUUUUCUGGAAUGUUCAUUCUGAAUGCUUAAAGAAAGUACUGAAGGAAAGAUUCAGACUUUGUCAGCCUGCACUAGCGUGUGUUGUCAGUGGGCCUCGUGCAAUGUCUGUAAAGUGUAGAUGUGGGAGUGUGCAUGCAGACACCUGGCCCCAGAAAACAAAGGUCUGUGUGCUAGUAAAGGGUUUGUAGAUUCUAAGUAGGUCACCCAUUCAACCAUUUACACAUUGUGUAUCUUUCUGGUCUCACAUGAGAACGUCGAGGCAUGUUUUACAAAACGAACUUGGACUUAAAUGUGCCAUGUGCCAAAACAGCCCCGUAAUUUUUCCAGUGCUUUACUAGUAGGAUUUGUAUUCGUGGCAUCUUUUAAAGGCAGUGUCCUCUCCAACAGUGUAGGUGAAGGGAAUGCGAACAUCCAAAUGCCAGGCCUCUCCCUAGUGAGAGUCCUACAGUCUUCUCUGUGGCCACUGUAAGACGGUGAGCUCUCAAUGUCACACGCUUAGCCACAUUCCCUAGUCCACAGCAGCCGACAGUCACUCAGAAGAUCUUGGAAAGUAUGUGCACACUAGUUUCCAGGUUGGUGACUGAGACCCCCAACUCUGAACUUUGAAGAUGAAGGGAAUGAUUUUUUCAGAAUGUACAAAAGGUAGUCUCUGGUCCUGGCCCAGGUUAUGGAUUUUCUGGAGCCUUGCAACUCUGAAGUAUCCUUCUGUUUACACACCUUGGAUAGCAUUUUAAGAUUAUUGCGUACAAUUUUGUGGCCUUUGGUUUACAUGGCACCUUAUCAGGAGCUGUCAGCACCUAGAUGUCUGUAAAGAAAUGACCCAGUAUGUAAAUGAUGCUUGCAAACUUCUAAGUUGGGACACUAGCCUGCCAAAGAGAGAUAAUUUCAUGAGGUCUUUUAAAAACUGAUUAUUCUUGAUUGCUGGUUUUUGUUUUUAAAGUUUCAAUCACUCCUUUCCACAUUCCUAGUUUUCACAGGACUUCAAAAUAUAUAAAAAUGAUUUUUCUUGAAAAAUGUGCUAUGACGUCAUUAUCUAUUAUUUUUGUCAAAAUAUGUCCAAAAUAUAUACAUGAUUGAUGUAUUUCUCUUGUUCUUUUUUCUUUUUAUGUUUACUCCCAUUAUACUGUCCUUCCCCUGCCCAGAUUAAUGUCAAGAACAUAGUAGAAGUUACGGAGUGCCCUUGUUACAUAGUCCACACUGAAUGCUGGAAUUUCACAGCAUUGAAAGGGUCUGGCACCAUUUCAUCCCCAAGUAGUAAAGAUCUUUGUUUUGUGUUAUCCGUUGUUAGCACCCCCAUUGCUGGUGGUGGCCUAAGAGUUGGGGACCAUGGUUCCUAACCAGGGUCCUUGGGUACCUGUGUGCGUCAUGGUUUCUCUCUUCACAUUCAGUCGCCUUAAUUUCUGCACAAGUGUAUUUGGUGGCAAACAGUCUUGUCAUUUUUAAUUGGCAGGGUUAAAUUGGAAGAAUUCAUUAUAGAACACUGUAGUUUUAUUCAUAGUCGCUUAAUGUGUGGUAAAAAGGUGUGUGGUUCUUCUCUAUAAAAUAAUGACCCAGUUUGAUGAUGGCUGCUGAUUCUUUAAUGUUUGUAACAGAAUUUUAUGUACUUUGUUUUAUCUUUUUUUUUUUAAUGGAAGUCUUUGUUACACAUUUGAAUUUUUACUUUGCAUUGCUAUAUUUUAUACUUAACUAUGAAAGGUCUAAUAUCAGCCACAAGUAAUUGAUUUAUCAAUGUAUUUAAUUCUGAAACCUUUAAAGGUCACAUUGCUUUCUUUUGUGACUGUAACUUUUAAGAACUUUAAUACGAAAUUCUGGUGACGCCCCUUGGUGACGAUAAAGAGAACCCUGUACAUUUAUGCUCUAGUUUACUUUCUCGCAUCAUCGCCAGUGUUUAGUGUCAAGCACACAGCUGUGGAAUAAUUGCCAUAUUUAAGAGUUCCUCAGGUUUCUUCUUCUAGUCUCUGCCUGUAAAUUAAAUAGUAUACAAAACGGCCCUUGUAAGGCAGUACAAACAAACGCAGAUUUAACUGUUUCUUUUUAUCCACCCAAAGUGACAGCACGCAUGUCGUUUUCAAAUUAGAGCUAACACUACCACAGAGAAGUUGUGUGACUGAUGCUUCCCUGCAGAGUGAAGUUAAGCAGUUGCUUCUGACCUGGGAAGGCAGUGCUGAGAAGAACUCAGGAGUGUGGGCCCACCCUGUGCUUGCCACCAGGGACUGGGGUCUUGGUCAGAACACUUAGGAUGAGGAGUUGGCCUUAGAAUCCGUCUCACCCUGAAGUGUUGUGCUCUUGUCAUCCUUUAGAGAGAUUCUGGUACCUGCUGUGAGGUACUCUGGGAACACCUCAUUGGAGCAUCCCUCACAGACUGGCUGCAGGGGGCUCACAGGGUGAGCGAUUCCUCUGCUGCAGCCAUCCAGUGACUAGGUGGCUUUAAUCACCUUAACAGUUAUAUGAAUAUCUUGUUACUCUUAAGGGUUUCAUUAAAAAGCUAUCAUACAAAGGAAGUUAUCUGCAUAUAGGUAGGUACAUAAACCACAGUGGGGUCUGAAAUACCCAGGCACCAAGCUCCCAGAUAACGGAAUGAUUUGGCCACUGGACUUUUUGUUACUACUCCUUUUCUGUUGUCUCUUGAAAUAUCUAUAGUAGGAUGUUGAUAAAUGGUAUUUUAAAAAUAAAAUCUUUGGAUCAAAGGAAAAACUUAACCCCUUCUAUAUUUUUGUUACUAAUAAAUAAUGCUUUUGUAAAUCUGAAUGGGAAACUGCUGGUAUGUAUUUAUACUGAGUGGUACUUACGCCUUUGGGAUUAAUUUAAAAAUGUACUACUUGAUUACAGUUUCAACAGAGAUGAAUUCCAAUAACCAAAAUAAUAAAACAUUUCAAAGCUAGAA